CAAGAUGAGACAUCCGCAGGUAACAUAACAGCAAGAAGAAUAACUAAUGUCCUGUGCCAAGGAUCAUUGGAUCAGAUAACAUCUUUCACUUCGUAUGUACGUAUAAAGACUUAUUGCGAUAUAUCGAAUAUCGAACCAACUGAAACACGAGGCAGCCUGGUGCAGCACAUUAAGUUGCCUGGAAACAUCACAAACCAGAGACUCAGCUGGGUUCCAGGCAACCGAAUGUGCUGCACCAGGUCGUCUCAUGCUUCAGUUGCUACUAUAUUCGAGAAAUCGCAAUUCAUGUAUAAUCGUAAUGCACUAAACAAAAGGUUUCUGGGAAUUCUUCGACAACACACGACCGUUUCCGCCCUUCUUAGGGCUCAUCAG